GGCGCGGGGCGGGGUUCGGGGGGCGGAACAUGUCUCCCGCCGCAGGAAGAUGAGGCAGCGCCGGCGGCUGCGGGCGUAGCGGGGCCACCGCCGCGCCGCCGCCGCGUCCACCACGGUUCUUUCCCCGCGGGCUGAGAAGCUCAAGUGGGGGGCCCUGUGACGCGAACGCGAGUGGGGGUGAAGGAGCAGGAGGAGGAAGCACGCGCGCCCCCGUGCCCGGCGCGCCCUCCCCGCCGCCCACGCGCGACCCUCGGGGACGCGCUCGUCACCCCUUUUGUCCCCGGGGCCCCCCGAGGACGGUGGGCAACAGGGUGCAGCCCGGUUGCAACCCGGUUGUAUGCUCCCCGCCCAGCAGGACUGUCUCCAGGGCUAGGGUGGGCACUCCAGUUCCCGUGCCUGCUGCUGUGGCCAGAGGAUGGACCAGUCUCAGAGAAUGGCUCCUGUAGGCUCCGACAAGGAGCUGAGCGACCUGUUAGAUUUCAGUAUGAUGUUCCCACUACCUGUGGCCAACGGAAAGGGCCGGCCUACCUCCCUGGCUGGAACCCAGUUUGGAGGCUCAGGCCUUGAGGAAAGGCCCAGCUCCGGUUCCUGGAGUGCCAGUGACCAGAACAGCUCUUCCUUCGACCCUAGCCGGACCUACACCGAAGGCACCCACUUUAGUGAGUCUCACAACAACCUGUCUUCAUCCACGUUCUUAGGACCGGGGCUUGGAGGCAAGGGCAGCGAACGUAGCGCCUAUCCCACCUUCGGGAGAGACACUGGUGUCAGUGGGCUGAGUCAGGCUGCCUUCCUGCCCAGCGAGCUGGGCCUCAGCAGUCCCGGGCCACUGUCCCCAUCAGGCGUCAAGAGUGGCUCCCAGUACUACCCCUCCUACCCCAGCAACCCUCGGCGAAGAGCUGCAGAUGGCGGCCUGGAUGCCCAGCCCAAAAAGGUCCGAAAGGUUCCACCCGGUCUUCCCUCCUCGGUGUACCCACCCAGCUCAAGUGACAACUAUGGCAGAGACACUGCAGUGUACCCUUCCACCAAGACCCCUGGCAGCACCUACUCCACCCCCUUCUACAUGGCAGAUGGCAGCCUGCACCCCUCAGCUGAGCUCUGGAGUCCCCCUGGCCAGGCGGGCUUCGGGCCCAUGUUAGGUGACAGCUCAUCCCCUCUGCCCCUCGUGCCAGGAGGCAGCUCCGUGGGUGGUGGUGGAGGAAACGGCGCCUUUGGGGGACCCCAUCAGCAGGAACGCAUGAGCUACCAGCUGCAUGGAGCCGAGGUCAAUGGUGCACUUGCAGCAGUUUCCAGCUUCUCAGCCACCCCUGGAACCUACAGUGGGACUUCUGGCCACACGCCACCCGUGAGCGGGGCAGACAGCCUCAUGGGUACCCGAGGGUCCACAGCCAGCAGCUCAGGGGAUGCCCUAGGGAAGGCGCUAGCCUCGAUCUACUCCCCUGAACACUCUGGCAAUAACUUCUCUCCCAGCCCCUCAACGCCUGUGGGCUCGCCACAGGGCCUGCCAGGGACAUCGCCAUGGCCCCGGGCAGGAGCACCCAGUGCCUUAUCACCCACCUAUGAUGGAGGUCUCCAUGGCCUGCAGAACAAAAUGGAGGACCGCCUGGAUGAGGCCAUCCAUGUCCUCCGCAGCCAUGCUGUGGGUACUGCCAGUGACCUCCAUGGACUUCUACCUAGCCAUGGAGCACUGGCCACCAGCUUUACAGGCCCCAUGCCACUAGGUGGGCGACAUGCCAGCUUGGUCAGUGGCAGCCACCCAGAGGAUGGCCUCACAGGCAGUGCCAGCCUUUUGCACAACCAUGCGGCCCUUCCCAGCCAGCCCAGUGCUCUCCCUGACCUCUCACAGAGACCGCCGGACUCCUACAGUGGACUUGGGAGGGCAGGCACCACAGCGGGUGCCAGCGAGAUCAAGCGGGAGGAGAAGGAAGAUGAGGAGAAUGCUUCGGUGGCCGAUACCUCAGAGGAGGACAAGAAAGAGCUGAAGGCCCCUCGAACGAGGACCAGCCCAGACGAGGACGAGGACGACCUUCUCCCCCCAGAGCAGAAGGCCGAGCGGGAGAAGGAGCGCCGGGUGGCCAAUAACGCCCGUGAGCGGCUGCGGGUCCGCGACAUCAAUGAGGCCUUUAAGGAGCUCGGCCGCAUGUGCCAGCUGCACCUGAGCAGCGAGAAGCCGCAGACCAAACUGCUCAUCCUGCACCAGGCCGUGGCCGUCAUCCUCAGCCUGGAGCAGCAGGUGCGAGAGCGAAACCUGAAUCCCAAAGCAGCCUGCCUGAAACGCAGGGAGGAGGAGAAGGUGGCUGGCGUAGUCGGGGACCCCCAGCUGGCGCUUUCAGCUGCCCACCCUGGCCUGGGCGAUGCCCACAACCCAGCAGGACACCUGUGAGCCAUGGUGAGACCAGGGACCACUGCACUCUGCGUCCAUGCUGCACCCAGGACAGUCCUCAACAUGGCUGAAGGUUGGCACAUCACUGGCAACACGGCACCAGUGCAAGGGACACUGCUCCGCCGUGCAGCCUGCAGUCACUGUGGCCCAGUGACCACUGCCACUGUGUGUCUUGGCCCCAGUUGCCAGGCUGAAUGGAACUGGCUUUUUCACCCUUUGGAGACCAUAAAAAAAAAAAACAAAAAAAAACCCAUACUUUUCAGAAAAGAAAAAAAUGCCUUAACUAUAUAAGAUGGAGAAAUUGAAACCUGUUACCCCUCAAGGGGUGGGCCAGGACUGGCUUCGACUUCAGAGCCAGCAGCAAAUCGUGCCUAAGCAUAUUUUUUUUAAGGAGAAUAAAGAGAACAUUAGUUACGAGAUUUUUUUAUGUAGACAAACAUUAGCAAGAA